AUGGGCGCAUCAAACUCCAUAGCUCAAACAGUAAACUCUGCGACUGGGGCUAUGUCAGACGCGUUCUAUCAAGACGAUCCAUAUUACCCCAGGCACUCAGAAGAUGCAAUCGCCGUUCUCAACAUCCUUCGGCGACGGCUACCUUCCGAACUCGUCUUAGAGGUCCUAGAAUACGCCCAAUAUUGGGUUCGCUCGGGAGUCUAUAGAACGGAUAAACUAGGCUUUACGGAGAAUGACUGCCGGGAGGGAACUCCAUAUUUGACAUCCGAAGCCAUUCAAGGUGAUCGGUUCCCCGUUCGAGAGAUCAAAAUCGAUAUCUGGAGCCAUGACCAAGGAUGGAGUAGCUAUCGUGAAGAUUAUGGUACCUACCGGAAUUCUUGGACCUGGUUUGAUCUUGGCAUUGCAAGGCCCCCGGGCAGAGAUGAUAUCACCCAAGGAGAGGACCUUCGAUUGGUGACAAAUAUACAUGCUUCGAAAGACACGAAGCAUCAUCAGAUCGUUUACCGAAGUGAUCAAAACCUGCGCUGGAUGAAAAACCUUCAAGCAGGGGAUCGGAUAUUAAUAAUCCCCCGGGCGCGCUUUCCGGGAUGGAAGAACUUUGUGGAUGAGGCUUCCAUUGAGAUUUAUACAGAUCCUGUUUUGUGA